CAUUUAUUAUAAACAUGGGAGGAAAAAAGCUAGGGAAAAAUGAUGAAAAAAACGCUAAAUUAAGGGAUAAAAAAGGCCGAAGUUGGGAUGUUAAGCUAGUAACAUCAAGUGGUGAUAUUAGGCCACAUUUCAAAGAUGGAUGGGAGAAAUUUUGCAAAGAAUGUGAUCUUCAGGUUGGUGAUUUCUUGGUGUUUAGGCAUCAAGGAAAAUUCAUUUUUGAUGUUUACAUCUUCGAUCCUACUACUUGUGAGCGCGAGCUUCCGAUUUUAUUAGAGUCAAGGUCAAAAAUCGAAGCUUCAAACAACCCUAACAAGAUCAAAAGUCCAAGAAUUGCCAAGAAAAUGUUGAAAGUAAAAGUGGAAGAUAAAGAGGAAAUAAAGAUGAGAGAAGAAGAAGAGAAUUCUACUUUCAAGCCAUCUAGCUAUCCUUAUUGUCGUACUGUUGUGACACACGGACCAGGUUCACACGAGAUGCCUCUUCCUAGGGAGUUUGCAGAGAAAAAUGGUUUGAGUAAAAGAUGGUGCGAAAUGGAACUAAUUGACGAGAAAGGGCAUCCUUGGAAAAUGCUAUUAAGACAUUACAGAAAAGGAAAUGGUAGUCCUUACAUUGGUAGUUGGAAAGCCUUCCGUAAAGCUAAUGGCCUCAACACUGGCGAUGCUGUCAUUUUUCAACUCAUACACUCUGGUGAAAGGCCUGUUAUCAAGUUUAGGAGAAAUGAUACAUUUCAAGUUCUGCUAAAUACGGUCCGAUCCGUGUACUUGAAUGUGGUGAAUGGGAAAUUUCAAGCAAUUCCGAAGUCAUUCAACAAGCAUCUAGGAGAAGACAUUGAAGAGGCUGAUGAAAAGUUUGCUAUAUUAAGAAACUAUAAAGUUGAGGAUAAUUUAUGGAUGGUAAAAGUGUGUUAUUUUGAUAAUAAGUUGAAUUUUAAAAAUGGAUGGGAGAAAUUUUGUAAGGAUCAUGGUUUACAAAUUGGUGAUUUCUUAGUGUUUAAGCAUCAUCAAAACUUGGUUUUCGACGUUUUCGUCUUUGAUUCCUCUUAUAGCGAACGUCCAUAUCCUGGUGUCACUAAUGCAACUACAGAAAAUGUGAGAUCUCCUAGCUCAAACAUUCAAUCAAAAAAGGGCUCUUGCAAGAUUCAGAAAGAUGGAUGGGAGACAUUUUGUAAGGAUCAUGGUUUGGAAGAAGGUGAUUUCUUGGUGUUUCAACAUCAUCGAAACUUGAUUUUCGACGUUUUCGUCUUUGAUCCUACUUGUUGUGAGCGUCCAUUUCCUGCUGAUUUUCAUCAACCAUCUACAAACAAGGUCAAAUCUUCGAGUUUGAACAAUCUUAAAAUCAAGGAUUUAUUCAAAAAUGAGAAAGUUGAAGGGUUGAAGUUGAACAAAAAUGACAAGGUCUACUCAACGUCAAAAGCUACCUUUAAACCUAGGGAAUUUCCGUAUUGCGAAACCUUUGUGAAGUCAUACUGCUUGACAUGGGGAGGAAUGCCUCUUCCGAAUGAGUUUGCUAGAGAAAAUGAUCUAGUAAACAAAAGCUGUGAUGAAAUGGUGCUAAAAGAUGAAGAAGGGAAAGAAUGGACAGUUUCAUUAAGGAGUUAUAGAAAGGGUCGUGUUGCUUAUAUUGGAAAGUGGAGAAAUUUUCACAAUGAACAUGGCCUGAAAACUGGUGAUCCUGUUGUCUUUGAGCUCAUUGAAUCAGGAGAAACACCAAAAAUGAAUUUCUAUAAGAUGAGUUGA